UCCAAUAAUUUUAUGUGUUGCAAAAAAUGCACAUCUAAUGACCCUAAGGAUAUUUCGAAUCAUUUGAUGCCAGAAAAAUAAAAAUGAAGGACAGCAUUGCCUUGGAUGCUCAUUUGAUAACAAAGUGUGAUGUUGAUACAAAAUCAUCGAAGAUUUUAUCAUAUCCUGAAUUUCAAAAUCACCAAGUUAUAUCUCCAUAUAUAAGCAGCACAUAUGAUGAUUUCGAAGAAGAAUUUAAACAUCUUCACACUGAUGUAUUUCCAAAACUAAAUGAAUAUUGUCAAAAACGUGGUGCCUGAUUUGUUCCUGUCGAUUUCAGACGGACUGUAGUUGAAAGCCGUUUCUCGUCUGAUUUUGCACUUUCGCAUGCUUUAGAUAGUAUUAAACAAUGUUGCCCAUUUUUUAUGGCAAUUUUUGGACAAAAGUAUGGACCUCACAGAUUGCCAACGGACUCUUUUCUUAAUGCACCGGCACCAUUUGGUCGAUAUAUACAGAAUGCUCCAUCUAACCUUGACCAGAAUUUAAUGACGGCUGGAAAACUCGGCCAUUCUUGGGUUUUGGAGAAAAAAUGGCAACUUUGCAGUUUGAUGGAAUUGGAAAUACAAGCUGCGGCCCUUGAACAAACAUCAACUGCCAAAUAUUGCUUUUUUUAUAUUCGUGAUUUUAAGCAUUCAUAUUUGAAAAAGACAGACAAAUCAUUUAAUGCCGCUUCCUAUACUGCCUCUGAAAUUUCCAUAGAAAGUCGCCAAAGUGGAGAUGAGCUUGCGAUGUUUGAAGCAGAAAGCGAAUAUGCGGAAAAAAGGAUAAAUGAGUUAAAAAUGAGGAUUGUUAAAAAGGGAUGGACCAUCAAAUUUUUCUCUAAUCCAACUGAACUUGGACAUGCUGUUUUGCACAACUGGAUGAAAGUUAUCAAUCAGAUUUAUCCAACAUUGCCAAAUCAGAAUGAGUUCCUUCAUGAAGAUUGGAGUAUUCAAUCAACAAGACAAGAAUUAGAGGAAAAAUAUUAUUGGAAUGAUGAUUUGAAACGGGUGUCAAAGUCAAUGAAUCAACAUGUUGCCACUUCAGCAUUGAAUGAAAACAUAGACAAAGAUGCUCUAAUUAUGAAUACUGAUGAUGAAGCUUAUAUAAAAGCACCGAAAUAUGGUGAUGGAUUGUUUUCAACAACUAAAUCUUUCAUAGAAGCAGCUCAAUCAUUGCGAUAUCCUGAAACAGAAAGAGCAGAUAAUAUGAGAAAAGACAUAUUUGUGGUUGUCGGGGAUCCAGGUAGCGGAAAAUCUGCUUUGAUUGCUCAAUGGUUGAAACAAUUUGAAGAAACUCAGCGAGAUGUUUUGGUUAUAUCGGAAUUCAUUGGUGCAUCUCAUGUCAGUCGAGAUAUUGGUUCCUUUCUGAGAAGAUGUGUCAAAACAAUAAGAGAAAUUCGUGGCAACAAAAGAAUGACAUAUUCAGAAUGUUUGGAAGAUACGAAAAGUUAUUCAUCGCUUGUAUCUGCGUUUCAAGAAUGCAUAAAACUGAUUCCAUGUAUUCUCAUCAUUGAUAGUUUGAAUGAUUUAAAAGCAAGCAUGAAUGAAGAUAUUGGAUCUAUAAAAAGGCUUUCCUGGUUGCCAGAUAAAAUACCAUCAACUUGUCGAAUUAUUCUAUCUACAAGAAGAUCUGAUUUAACCUACAAAUCACUCACUGAAAGAAAAGAUGUUUCAAUCAACUGGAUUCCUAUUUUAUCAAAACCUGACAGAAUCAAAAUAUUGAAAACUCAUUUAACCAGGCACUCACUGAACAUAGGUACAAUCAACAGCGAAAAAAUCACUGGAAAUAGAUUGAGUGAAAAACCAUUGUAUCUGUCAACAUUGGCUGGUCUUAUAUCAUCUUGCACUAAACAACAAGAAGUUGAUCAGGUUAUUGAAAGAUGCACUGAAUUAAGAACUUUCAGAGACUUCUGGAAAGCUACCUUUAACCUUUGGACUCGUCGCUUCAGUUGGACCAAAGGUUCACAAGGUCAACCUGGAUCUUGUCGUACAAGGAACACUGUAGCUGGUUGGAUCGGCGAUUCAUUGCGUCUUAUAGGAUCAAGUAGAAAUGGUCUUCUUCCUUCUGAAAUUUUGCAUGUUUUAUCUUUGCUUGGGUAUAGAGGAAAAACAGCAGUGAAGCCAUAUGAUUGGAUGGUAUUUCAGAAAGCUGCUGGUAAUGCAUUCUCCACACGACCUGAAGGUACAGUGAUGCUGGCACACACAGAAGUUCGACAUGCAAUCAAAUUUUUUCUGCUCGGAGCAAUAUUGCCGACUGCUACUGCAUCUGCUGCAUCAAUGGGGAGUGUGAACCUACAGCAGCAUUAUCAUUCUCUUCUAUCAUCAUAUUUCCUCAAAUAUGGAAGUCAACAACGGAAACUUAUUGAGUUACCAUGGCAACUUGAGCAAGGGGGAGAUCAUAUAUUAUUAUACCAAGUUCUUAGUAAACCAAGGUAUUUUGAAUCAAUUUGUAAAGCGACAGAAGAUUAUCCAUAUCUUGAUAUGGAUUUAAUCAGAUAUUGGAAAAAAUUAAAUAAAGUUGGUUUCAAUCCACCACAUUACUUACAAAUGAUGGUCGAAAAAUCAACUGGAUGCUAUGAAAGUGGACUCAUGUCUAAGCGUUCAAGUUUGAUACCAGGAGCACAAAACUGGCAAGCUAGUAAACUAUCAAUUACUGCUCCACGAAUAACAAGAGCAGCAUCAAUAGUCAGUUCCGUCUCUCCCUUGAAAAGACCUUCGAUAAUUAUCAUCACCCAACAUGAUGAUGUUAGACGUCAAAGCACAAUUGGCAGCAGAUCUGAAACUGGUGAUUUUGAUAUGUCAAGUGAAGCUGGUAGUUGUAGUUUUUUUAUUACGGAAAGUGAAGGAGAAAUCUUUAAUUCAGGAUGGACACCUGCGGAGGAUGAUCCGGAAAUUCCUAUUGAUGAGUCAACAAUGGAUAAUGAUGAGUCAUGUGAACUCAACUACAAUGUUUGUAUGUUUCUAAAACAACUAGGAAAUGAGUUUAUUCAAGAAAGCAAAGAUGGAUUGCUAUCAUUAUCACAACAAUUUUUGGAGAUAAAACCUUUAUCAGGAAAACAACAAAUAAUCCAAUUCAAAACAUUGUGUAGUUUGGCAAUGAUGACGAAUGAUGAAAUUUCUGAUAAUUUACAUUUUGCAAGAUGUUUGUUCGAAGAAGGUUUAGAAAUCUAUGAAUCAAUAUCAACCAAUGUUUCGUCUGCAACAUUUUCUCAUGAUCUAUUCGAUUUGAAAAUAUCUGCUUGUCUUCAUUUGGCUCAGAUGUGCAUUGAUAACAGAAAUUAUGAAAAUGCAGAGAAUUUAUUGAAAGAAUCUGUAGAUGCAUCACAACAAUAUCAAUCUUCAACACAAGAAACAAAUGUUGCUUUCAUGUGUGCUAAAUUAUUUGUUGCUCAAGGUUUAUAUCCGCAUGCUGAAACAUUGUUUAAACGAGUUUUUACUGAGCGUUUGCAAUGGUAUGGACCUGCACAUAUAUCUGUUGCUAUUGUUUUGUGUGAAUUAGGUGAUUUAUAUUCGAUUUCAUCAAAACAAGGACAGAACGAAGGUCAAAGAAUUUCACUUUUGGCUUACAAACAAGCAUUACAUAUAUUUCAACAUAAUUCAGCUAAGGAUAGUGAAGCAUCUGUUCUGCAUAAAAUAGGUAAAUUGUUGAAAAUGGAAGGUUCUCUCUGUUCAACACAAGAAGCCAAAGAAUGUUUAGAGCAUGCAAUGGAUAUGUACAUGACACAAACUAACACACAACAUACUAAUGAUAUACCUGAAAUAAGCAACGACAUUCGAAAAUUAUCUAUAAAUCUCAAGAGAGGACAAUACAAAUAUGGUUCUGCAAAACCACCCGAUGAAAGAACCUAUGAUCGUCCAUACAGUACAUUGUCUUGGCAUGAACAUGAUUUAAAAAAAAUUCUGAAAAAUCGUCCAUGUACUGCACCGGCUGAUCUUGAAAAGAAUACGAAAUAUGGAAAACAAUCAAGUUUUCGAGCCAUAUCAGGAGGUACGAGUCGUCCAUACAGUGCUUUCAGUACUGCAUCAUAUGGCAAACGUGUUGCUGUCACGCCGAAAGAAAAUACACGAAAAAAGCCAUCAUCUGCUUUAUUGAAGCAUUUGUCUGAAAUACCGUCAUCAAUCCUUUCUGAAGGGAAGUCUUUGGCAGCGCAAGAGAAAGGGAAAGCAAAGGAUUCCACACAUGGUCUCACUUAUGAUAGUGGUGACCAUUUAGCAUUGAAACCCGAUGUUACAAUCCAUGGUGGUUGGAUAAAUCAAGCUGAUGAUGACAACCAUCUAGAUCUUGAUCAUCAUGAUGUUGUUACAUUUAAAGAAGAUGACACAAAUGAAAUUCCUGUCAUGAUUAUUCCUGCCGGUAGACAAAGUCGAUUGUCUGUCAAACUUGAAGUCGACACUCUCAGUGGAAAAUCAAUGCCGAUAUCAUCUUUGAAAAGGCAUUCACAACGUUCCUAUAAGGCUCGGUCAGAAUUUUCUUUUCGUAGUGGAGACAGCAUGAUGAUGAAAUCCGUCCUUCAAAUACGACAUAAUGCACAUAAAAAACAUUGUCACAUUCCAUCCGGUCCAAAUGCUCUUUCUCUCGCCGUCCAUGGAUCUCACAGCACAAUAGAAGCCGUUCUUCCUCCACCUAAAUCACCAAGGCAAAAUGUCGCAUCUUCUGGUCUGAGUCAUAAAACUGCCUGGUAUAAUGUUCCUGGUCGAUAUCCAAUGCCUGGACAUGUUCUACCAUCGAAACAUAAACAGCAUUAUCCUAUUGAAGAGCCUAAGAAACCUACACUAUGA